ACAUAUAUCGGCUUAAUUAUAUUAGCAAAUUUUAUUGACUGGGCUUAGGACCACUGGCUUUCUUUGCGUGAAGUUCCUAAUUGCUUUUUAAUCAAAUGUCCCACUUGCCGUUGGUAUAAAACUGCCAACCGAGCUGCCCAAAAGUCAACAGAUCCAAAAUGAACGGCUCAAGCAACAAACUCAUAGGUUGUCAGAUUAAAAUCGCCCUUAUUGUUGGCCUUUUGGUCUCCUUGGCCUGGACACUUCCUGUCGACGACGAAAAGAAGACACUUCCAGCCAAGGAUGAUGCUGUGAGCAUUGAAGCAGCCCCGGUGGUGGAAGACGCCAAGGAAGACCUGGGACAACUACGCUUCCCGCCUUUCAACAACAAUGGAACUGGAUUUUUCGAAAGAUAUGGUGAAAAGUUCAGACAUAAGAAGUCUACAACUACGACAACUACUACCACGACCACGACCACUACAACAAGACGUCCAGUUGGAAAGUAAGAGCGCCAAGGGCCAACACCCACCAUCACAUAGAUGAUUGCCGUCGACUUCAUAUAAAUAUUUAUUCAAAUCGAACUACUUUGAUUUACUAUU